AUGUUGAUCCAAGAAAGCCACAAAGAUGUGGCCACCAAGGCUGAUGGCUCGGGGACUAUGCGCAUAUUCAUCUUCCACCCAAGCAUAGCGGGCUAUCCUCAUGCGAAGUUUCCAGGUGUUGUAGUCUUCAGCGAGAUAUAUCAAGGUCUGGUUCACAGAUCGCCGGACAGCUACAUCGUCGCCGCACCCUCCUCUUACCACGAAUUCACUGGGCCGGAACCACUCGCCUACGACGGACCCGGCACCGAUGCUGGCAACGAGUGGAAGAUCGCCAAGAAGGUCGCGGCCUAUGAUGAAGAUGCCGAGCUCUCAGUCACCACGCUGCUCUCGUUGAAGACAUGCAAUGGCCGCAUCGGCGCCACGGGAAUGUGUCUCGGCGGACACCUUGCCUUUCGCUGCGCGCUGGACGCAAGAGUAUCAGCUGCGGUCUGCUACUUCGCGACGGACAUUCACUCGCAUUCGUUGGGUAAGGGCAAGGAGGAUGACAGCUUGAAAAGGGUCGGGGAUAUCAAGGGCGAGUUGGUCAUGAUCUUUGGCAAGAGUGAUAAUCAUGUUCCGCCGGAUGGGCGGGAUCUGAUUAGGAAGACACUGCAUGAGGCGGCUACGAACUUCUCGUGGUAUGAGGUGUUCGGAGCACAGCAUGCGUUCAUUAGGGACGAAUUGAGCAAGGGAAGAUAUGAUCCUGCGAUUUCUAAGGUUUGUUUCGAGAUGUUGUUGGAGGUUUUCGAAAGGAGGCUGAAGAUUGAUCUGGGCGAGCACAGUGGCGAGAAACUGGUCGUGGAAGACGUCUGUUGA